AUGAGAACUGGCCAAACAGCUGUGAAAGCAAGAGAGGGCUUCAGGCAAUCUCAUUUUUUCAAGCACAGCACCAAGAGACCGAAGCCUACCAAAAUGAAUCUUUUUUGUAUUUCACUGGAGGGCUCGAUGGAUAACAUAUAUGAACCAAUCUCAGAGCAACAAGCUAACCAAGACAGCAUUUCUGGCAGAACUGGUUGUCCUAUCUCACCCUUUGAGGAGAGUGAACAACCAUACAAAAAUCUCCUCACGGAAGUUUCUAAUUUGGAGAAUGCAAGACCAAAAAAAGAAAAGUCAUUCCGGAGAUUUGUGUCAGAAAAUAAAAUAUUUGAAGGAAAAACUCUGAAUGACAAAAUCUGGCAGAAAUCCAGCAAGCCUGAGAAUGAUUCCCACAUCAUCAGAAGGCCCUGUCAGCAACAAGAUCAAAAUGAUGAUUUUCUUUUGAGCAAUAACAUACAUACCCUUCAAGGAAAAAAACUACAAGGAACUUCCUAUCAGGCCAUAAAAUCAGGCUGUAACCCCAUGGAAUCAACGAGGACAUUAAAGCGACUACAGAAACUGUUCUGGAGCAAGAAAGCCAGGGUGCGGAGUCUGGAUGAGGUGAAGCCUACGUUAACAAAUCUCCAAGAGGAGGAUAACACAUUGAUUUCUUGUUUGAAAUUAACCAAAUCCCAAGAAAGGAAAAUUAGUAAUAUUAGCACAAGGAAGAAGGAGGAGAGGAAGACUGGACUGGAUUCUUUUUCUGCAUCGCUGAGUAGAUCUAGUACUUCUAACGAAGGCAACUUAGAAGACAUGUUGGCCCACUAUGAAAGUGAAGUUCACAUGUGGCACAGCUGGAAACCUUUUCCAGAAAACCCACUCUGGCCAUGUGUUGAUUUUCAAAUUUCCCAAGUUGGACCCUGGAGCCACUCCUCCUUUUGUAUUCACCACCCAAAUCUCAAGUCCUCUUGCUCAGACAUGGAUUUCUUACAUUCAUGGCGCAGCAGCAGUUUGGGGAAUUUUGAUCGUUUUCGGAAUAAUUCCAUAUCAAAACCAGAUGAUUCAACUGAGAAACACGAAGGGGAACCCAUAAAUGAAAGUGGAGAACAAAAUAAAACUUCAAAUAAUGGAGGAGGUUUGGGUAAAAAAAUGAGAGCUAUUUCGUGGACAAUGAAGAAGAAAGUGGGUAAAAAGUACAUCAAAGCCCUUUCUGAGGAAAAGGAUGAGGAGGAUGGAGAAGGUGUCCUCCCGUAUCGAAACAGUGACCCUAUGAUUGGGUCCCACACUGAGAAGGUCUCGCUCAAAGCCAGUGACUCCAUGGAUAGUCUCUACAGUGGGCAGAGCUCUUCAAGUGGAAUAACAAGCUGCUCAGAUGGCACAAGCAACAGGGACAGCUUUCGACUGGAUGAUGAUGGCCCCUACUCAGGACCGUUCUGUGGCCGCGCCAGAGUGCAUACUGAUUUCACGCCAAGUCCUUAUGACACUGACUCUCUCAAAAUCAAGAAAGGAGAUAUCAUAGACAUUAUCUGCAAAACACCAAUGGGAAUGUGGACAGGAAUGUUGAACAAUAAGGUGGGAAACUUCAAAUUUAUUUAUGUGGAUGUCAUCUCAGAAGAAGAAGCAGCCCCCAAGAAGAUAAAGGCACACCGAAGGAGUAAGAGGGAAAAACCCGAGACUGUGCAAGAGUUCUUAGAGAGAAUUCACCUUCAGGAUUAUACUUCAACACUUCUGCUUAAUGGUUAUGAGACUCUAGAAGAUUUAAGGGAUAUAAAAGAAAGUCAUCUCAUUGAAUUAAACAUUGAAAACCCAGAAGACAGGAUGAGGUUACUAUCAGCUGCUGAAAACCUCCUUUAUGAAGAAACUAUUCAAGAGCAAGAAAAUGAACCUGUGCCUCUGUCGUUAAGCCCAGAUACCUCCUUCAAUAAGUCACAGUUAGAUGACUGCCCAAGGGACUCUGGUUGUUAUAUCUCAUCAGAAAAUUCAGAUAAUGGCAAAGAAGAUGUGGAGUCUGAGAAUCUGCCAGACAUGGUACAUAAGAUUACAAUCACGGAGCCAAGUGACUGAACACACAUCCUCAACUAUGUAUCGGCAGACACAUUACAUUUUAACUCUUCUUGAGCUAAAAGAUCAAAUAGAAGAGGAGAAAUAUUUGUAAAUAUAAGUGAAAGUGAAAAUGUUUCAGAUGAAUUGUACAUACAAGUUCAUCUCUCUAACAUUUCCAAUUAUUGUAAAUAAAAUGUAUAUUUAUUAUUUUAAGUGCAAUGUGUUAAUAUUUCACUUUCCUGUAUUAGAAAAGUCGUAUUAUAAGCCUUUGGUAUGUGCAACAUAUGCUUUAUUUGGCUUUAUUUUACAAAUGUAAAAUGAUAAAAUCUGUAAAAACAAGCAAACUUUUUUUAUACCUGCCAGUUUUGAAUUUGUAUAUAUUAUUGAAUGAAUAGUAACAAAAAAUGUCUUCAUGACUGAUUUGUCCAAAUAGCACCUACAUUCAUUUUUAUACUUACUGGAAAAGUAAGAGUUAAUAUUGGGGACAUUUUAUCCUGAUGCACAGUAAAAAGUUAACGAUUAUUUUUUGCUGAUUUCUACACUCUGUUAUCUGAUAUAAAAUAGAUAAGAGUAUAUUGUCACCUCUGAUUUAGUAAAACUAAUUUUAAUAAUUGUGCAGAUGCUUUGUCUUUCAGUGUAAAUAUUUUUAACUUUGACAUGCCCUAAUUUUAACAAUAAAAAGGACUUGUGCAUAUUA